CAACAACGACAGAUCCGGGAAUCGAUUUCACGGCGGCUCACGCACCACCGCGUGAGCUCGGCCAUCGGUGUAACAACCGCGCGACGCUUGCCGACGGCGGUGUUCUCACCUGCGGCUGUUCGUCGCCGAGCUCGGCAAGCCGACGAGCGAGGCCGGGGAGCGCUGAGCCGGCCUGGACGCUGCCGUCGGCGCGCAGGAAUCGGCGCGCCGCCUCUCCGCGUGCCCCGGAAUCGACGGCGUCUUUGGUCAGGCGCCAUUUGCUGCUGCCGCUGUUGUCGCCUUGCGCGUGAGGCCCUGCACCGCCACCGCCAUGGACAUGGACGGCAAUAUUCGAACAGAUAUGGGAUCACCUGCUGGUUCAAAGAGGGGACCGGACACUUUCUACUCUGCUAGUGCUCCUAAGAAUGGCUCCACUGCCGAGGGAAGCGAGAGCAAGAAGUUCAAAGGGGACUCGAGCGACGAGCUGCCCUCCAAGGUGCUGCACAUCCGCAAGCUGCCGGAGAACGCCACGGAGGCCGAGGUGGUGACGCUGGCGCUCCCUUUCGGCCGAGUCACCAACAUCCUCAUGCUGAAGGGCAAGAGCCAGGCGUUCCUGGAGAUGGCCUCGGAGGAGGCGGCCGUGGCGGCCGUGACGUUCUACAGCACGGACCCGCCCGUGCUGCGCAACCAGCCCGUCUACGUGCAGUACUCCACCUACAAGUCCCUCAAGACCGACAACUCCGCAUACCAGGCGAAGGCCCAGGCGGCCAUGAUGGUGGCGAACGGCUCGGACAGCGAGGAGACCAACUCGGCCGCCCCCCAGAGCCCGAUCCUGCACAUCAUCGUGGAGAACCUGCUCUACCCCAUCACCCUGGAGGUCCUCCACCAUGUGUUUUCUAAGUACGGCACAGUCCUGAAAAUAAUAAUUUUCAACAAAAACAGCCAGUAUCAAGCCCUGAUGCAGUUUGCGGAUGCCAGUAACGCACAUCAAGCCAAAACGAUGCUCGACGGGCAAAACAUUUACAAUGGCUGCUGCACGCUGCGUGUGGGCUUCUCGCGCCUCACCAACCUCAACGUCAAGUACAACAACGAGAAGAGCCGCGACCUCACUCGGCCCGACCUGCCGGCCGGCGAGGGCCAGGGCCCGUUCCCCCUGAUGCGCGCACAGGGCAAGGAGACCUCCCUGCUCGGUAACCCAGCCCUCAUUCACGGAGGCUUCCCCAACAUGCCGCAGUCUGCAGAUCUAAACCCGAGGCAUUCUCAAAACUACUUCCCCCAUUCUCCGGGCUUGCCGAGCGGCGUUGGCGGGAGGCUGCCCGGUGGCCUCCCUGGUGGCAUGGGCUCCUUCGGCUUCCCGGGCAUGAUGGGGCCGCGCCUGGGUCUGCCCCCGCCCACGCCAUCCAGAGGCGGCGGCGGCGGCGGUAGCGGCGGGAUGCCGGGCCUCCCCGUCAACUCCCCAGUGCUGCUGACGAGCAACCUCAAUGCCGAGGCGGUUACGCCUCAAAGGCUCUUUAAUCUGUUCGGCAUGUUUGGCGACGUGCUGCGCGUGAAGAUCCUCUACAACAGGAAGGACACGGCGCUCAUCCAGAUGGCCGACUCCAACCAAGCGCAGAUCGUCAUGAACCACCUGAACGGGCAGCGGAUGUACGGCAAGCCGAUACGCGUGACGAGCUCGCGCUACCAGACGGUGCAGCUGCCGCGCGACGGCUCGGACUCCCUGACGUGCGACUUCUCCGACUCGCCGCUGCACCGCUUCCGCCGCAUGGGCGCCAAGAACUUCCACCACAUCUUCCCACCCUCCGUCACGCUGCACCUCUCCAACAUCCCAUCCUCGGUGUUGGAGGAUGAUCUGAAGACCCUUUUUGAAAGCAAUGGCUGCGUAGUGAAGGCGCUCAAGUUCUUUGCCACCGACCACAAGAUGGCCCUCGUCCAGAUGGAAUCGCUGGAGGAGGCCAUCCAGACGCUGGCCGAGUUGCACAACCACGAGUUGGAGAAGAACCGCCUGCUGCGCGUCUCCUUCUCCAAGUCGGUCAUCUGAGCGGCGCCGUGCCAGGGGGGCGGCCCUCGGCGGCGCCGCCGCCCGCAGCCUCUCGAGCCGGAGGGCCCCUCCACUCUCCGGGAAGUCGGCGGUCAGAUUCCCCCUUUGCUCCAGCAUCCAUUCCUGUCGCCCGCCCCACCUGUCUCUCCAUAUUAAAGUGAAUUCGAAUGUUGAGAGUGUGCCUGGUUUCUCACCAGUUAGAUCUCACUCGAGUCAUUCAAAUCGACCAAAAAGAGAACAGCCUCUUAGCAAGUAAAAUAU